GAUGGGGACGCGCGCUGUGCGAGAGACUGUUGUUGUUAUUGCGAAACUCGAAAAGAGCGGGACAAAAUGUUAAUGUUUAAUUCUACGCAUCGUCGGCUCGGGUAAACAAAACGGAAAGAAAAUGCUGAUAAAAAAGAAUAAUAAUAAACAAUUGGUGCAAAAGUUGAACGGAAACUGAUAAGUGCGCGCUGAGCCGAAAGAGAUUGGAGUAUUCAACCAUUAACUUAACUGUGAAAGUGGCCACAAAUGUACAGAACUCACAACGUAGACUCUCGGUGGACAGGUCGAGCCGGUGACCGGCGAGCUAUGUAACAGAGAGACCACCGCGCGUGGAGAGACAGAGAGGAGCGGGGAGCCUGCAUGUCCCAAGGAAGAAGCAUGUCCAACUAGCAGCGUAAUCAGACAAAGGAGCGGAUCAUAACACAGAGCACCAAACAGAACACAACCAGAAGACAAUUUGGAACCCACAGAAAAUAGGUUUAACGGAUCGGGGGGGACAUGGCUCACUAUAGUGGACAUCAGCAGGCAGCGGCGGGGGCAGUGCCCGCUUCCUUUAAAGAUCUCUUCACCAACGGGCCGCUGGGUUCCGCAGAGGAGGAUGGGACCUACAAUAACAACAACAACAACAAUGGAAACGAAGGCAAUAAUGAGCAGGAGAACCACCAGAACAAUGCCAACAACAAUGAGCAGCAAGGAGCUGAGUGCUGGGUCUUUGGAUACGGCUCCCUCUGCUGGCAUCCUGGCUUCACCUUCAGCAAGUGCAUCACGGGCUAUGUCCGAGGAUUCGUGCGCCGCUUCUGGCAGGGAAAUGCCACACACCGCGGCACAGAAGAAAAGCCUGGGCGUGUAGCGACCCUAUUGAAGGACAAAGAGGGUAUUACAUGGGGCUGUGCUUACAGAGUAUCAGGCAACACGGCCCUCGAGUAUCUCAAGCAGCGUGAAUGCACAUUAGGUGGCUAUGCAACACUCGAGGCAAAGUUCUUCCCCCGCGUUGCCUCCCAGGACACACCCUUUAGUGGCGAGGCUGUCGAGGUGCUGGUGUAUGUGGCCACGCCGGAGAACCACCAUUGGUUGGGCGAGGCGCCGCUGCCGGAGAUUGCCCACCAGAUUGCCACCUGUCGCGGUCCGAGCGGCCACAAUGCCGAGUACCUGCUGCGACUGGCUAUUUUCAUGCACGAGGAGAUACCCGGCGUGCGGGAUGAUCAUUUGUUCGAGCUGGAGCGUCUGGUGCUCGACGAGCUCUACCGCCAAGAAAUACCUCUGUCGUCGGUGAUGGGCCGCAAUCCGGAUAGGAUACGACGCGACUCCCACGAGGAUAUUCGCCGCCAGCCCUCCUUCGAGUUCACGUCGCGCGUGCCUGAGACGAAACUCCGCUGCUUGAACAUUUGAUUGUGGGCACAGUGGCGGGCGGCGGUAGGUGUCGCCACGUCCGCCUCCACCAGGCAGCAGCUAGUGAUAUGCAUGCGGCGGCGAUUAUUGCUAUAGAAGAUUCCAAAUUGAUGAUCGACAUUUAGCACCCUAGAAACCAGAGUCUACCACUAAAUUCGCUGUAUUCUUACAAUUGUAAAUAACCCAUAAGGAUAAGAACUAGCUUUAAGCAACAACUCCUCGAUAAGUGAUCUGAUCUAGAAACUAAGCGUAGGCUUACUCUAGUCCGUAAGUUGUGUCCCCAACGCACAA